AUGACGGACACACAGUCAGCCAGAAAUGCAAGAAGAAAGAAGUACGAAGAAAAACCCAAACAAGGAUUUUUCCGGAAUCUUGAUGCUUCCAAGCCUAAAAAUAUAGGCUUAUAUGAAUUCAACGUGUUCUUUGACCUCAGCAAAGAUGGCAAAUUGGACUGGAAGGACUUUGAUAUGGCCAGACAGAAAAUAUGCGAAAUGAGCGGUUGGAAGCCAGGGACUGAUAAAUACAUUAAAACACACGAGCUGUUUGUAACAAUUUGGAGGAAACUGCAGGACGAGGGUGACGAGAAUAACGAUGGACUCAUUACAACGGAGGAAUGGUUGAAGAUGUGGCAGAACUUCAGUGAACAGUGUAUCAAAGAGGGGAACAAAGACGAUGAGGUUCCGAGUGAGCGGAAGCUUCCCGAAUGGCUUGAGAACUACAUCCGGUACAAGUUUGACCUCUUUGACCGGACCGGAGAUGGAAAUAUAGACUGUGACGAGUUUGAAUAUGUACUGGGGGAUUUCGGAGUUCCGGCUAAGGAUGCUCGUUCUGCUUUCCUCAUGAUCUCAAAGAAUAAUGAGAAGAAAAUCGACUUUGAAUAUUACAAAAAACUGUGUACUGACUACUUCCGGUCAAAUGACCCUAGUGCACUGGGAAAUUUUAUCACAGGGAAAUUAGUUUUUGUGGACACGUGACUCUUGGUUCUCGUGCUGAUUGCACAGUAGACAAAGACUAACA